AUGUCUCCCAUUGGUCUAGUUUUUGCUAUGUUUGGGAUAUGCUAUGGUCUCCAAUUGAUAGUGCAGAAAACAGGGGGUGAGGUGAAGGUUGGGGAGAAGCAGGAGUUUGGGAGGAUGGAAAUUGAGGUAGAGAAGGCUUGUAGGUUGUUUGGAAAUAGGAAGGUUGGGGAUAGGCAGAAUGUGGGGAUGAGUCACGGUGAAGAGGCCGUGAAGUUUCCAGAGGGGUUUGAGGUCAUGGCAAGGAGCAAGCAAGGGUCUAUAACUGCAGUGGAGAAUCGUGAAAAGAGGUUAUAUGGUUUGCAGUACCAGCCCGAGGUAUAA